AGCCUCGCGCAUAAAUAUGGCUCAGCCUCUAGACAGAAACACACUAGAGCGCAAGUGAGAGCACCGAGACACAGAAGGCUGCUCACCUGCCUUUUACGCAGAGACGAACGGUGCACAUCCAACCCCGGGUUUAAACAUGAUCAAAAAGAUGUCGCCCUCCGAAAGCGAUUUUGACAUCCCAGCAAAGAACUGCUACAGGAUGGUGAUUCUUGGAUCCACCAAAGUUGGCAAAAGUGCAAUCGUGUCCCGAUUCCUGAACGGGAGAUUCGACGAGCAGUACACGCCGACUAUCGAGGACUUUCACAGGAAAGUGUACAACAUCAAGGGGGACGUUUACCAGCUGGACAUACUGGAUACGUCCGGAAACCAUCCUUUCCCUGCUAUGAGGAGGCUUUCAAUACUGACAGGUGACGUGUUCCUCCUCGUCUUCAGCUUGGACAACCGAGACUCCUUCCAGGAGGUGCAGCGGCUCAAGCGGCAGAUCUACGAGACCAAAAUGUGCCUGAAAAACAAGAUCAAAGAGAACAUCGACGUCCCUCUCGUGAUCUGCGGGAACAAGGGUGACAGAGAGUUUCACCGGGAGGUUCAGCAGGAGGAAAUCGAGCAGCUGGUGGCCGGGGACGAGAAGUGCGCGUACUUCGAGAUCUCCGCAAAGCGCAACGAGAACGUGGAUAAGAUGUUUCAGACUCUGUUUACCCUGGCCAAGCUACCUCACGAAAUGAGCCCCGACCUUCACAGGAAAGUGUCGGUGCAGUACUGUGACAUGCUGCACAGAAAGUCUCUGAAAAACAAGAAGCUGAAGGACAUCGGGGAAGCGUACGGCGUGGUGACCCCGUGCGCCCGGAGACCCAGCGUGCACAGCGACCUCAUGUACAUUAAAGAAAAGGCCAUCGGAGGCGGCCACGGCAAAGACAAAGAGAGGUGCGUGAUCAGUUAAGCGGACACUGAAGCUCAGACUCUAAUGACACGUUUGAAGGAGAAGAGCCCGGCCUUUGGUCAGAGCAGCCGGCAGCGCUCAAACUGACUCCGGAGGUUUUGGAGACGCCGAGGCCGCCGCGCGCUCCGGUGAAGCUCCGUUUGUAAAGGACACAGACUGGACACGAGUCCGCUAAAACUACCAAAAAAAGAAAAAAAGGUUUCCCACCAGACAUUCGAGAAUGUUAGCUUGCUCCGUCAAUCAGAGCCCGAUGUGUGACGUGGCUUCAUACUCUGUGAGACUCGCGCAUAGAUGCGUAAAUGUGUUUUGUUGACGUUAUACCUUUACAGACGGGAGAAAGAGAGAGACUCUUUGGGUGAGGAGGUGCAGUGUUUCGGGGAGGUCAUGUUUACAUCUUCUAGAUUUUCUAAAGGCUAAGUACACUUGAAUGUUUCGUUGCAAUCUAGAGUAUUUUUUAUUGUGAAUGUAUAUUUAUUGUCACUGUCAUUUUUCUCUUUUGCAGUGAAAAAUAUAAAAUGUAAUAAAAAACAAAUCAACACAAAUAUUUAUCCCUGUUUC